CCUGCUCUUAUUUGCAGUACCGCGGGUGCAGGUACCAUCAGCCAAUCUCUUCCAUCAUCGGACUUUUUUUUUUUCUCUUUGCGCGCUCCUGAUGAACAGGUGCCGUCCUCUUCUUCUUUCCAACGCCCCUCGGUUUCCCUAGAAGGACCGUCGCUGCAUCACAUUCGUCCCACGAGUCCUGGAAGGCUGUUUAUCGCCCGACUUGUUGUCUUCGACCGCUUCACACCUUUUUGUUUGCCUCCCCCGCCGUUUGUAUCUGUACACUCGGCUUGUCGUUCCUUUUUACGCGUGAGCAAGUCUCCACUACCGACCUACCAUAACCAAGCGCGUGCCGCCGAGCACUUGUGUCCCCGUGAGAGUUGUGGCCGCUGUAUCGCCAUCGAAGCCCCGGGUUUUGAUGAGAGGGUUGGUAAGCUCUGCAACCUUCCCCCAGGGACAUCGAGUGUUUGUUACCCACCCACCACCGCACGCUCCCGAAACGCUCAGGAUCACCACCUGACACUUUGACUUUAUAAGACAGAGUCACGGUGAUCGACAACCAAACCAAAGCUACUAGUAGCAGGAGCCCUUGACACGCCGCCAGCGAAACUGUGUUUUGCACUACCUUCGAUUCUUACCGUCCUCUUUUAUCAACGCCGUCGACGCGGGUUGCGACCUGCUUCUCAAAAGGCGUUCCGUCAGAAGCUAGUUCUGCGAGCUCGACCGUGUCCCGGCCCUCGGUAGGUCUUGUCUGCACACACCGACCAGAACUCACAGCUCGAGAGCAGCUGUGGCUUGCAGCGUCCGGCCCGUUGUGCUGCUUCCCCCUGCAGCGGACUGGCGAGAUAACAUUGAUUCCCGUCCUCUUUGAAGGAGGCCAAUGUCCCAUCCCAUUCGUCGCUCUAGCCUCGGUGGAAUGUUGUUGCGUCGCAGCAAGAGCGCCGACUUGAAGAAGCAGCAGAAGCUGGCUCGGGAGCAGGAGCUCCAGCGCCAGCGCGAUGCUGUUUCCAAGUCCCCGCCACGCCUGCCGGUCUUGUACAAUGGCGCCCCUGCGCCUCAGUUAGGUCUCGGUGGUGAGGCCCGCCCCGACUCGAUCGCUAUCGUUUCUGGCAGAGCCGGGUAUGCUCCUGCUCCCUCGGCCGGCCCCCCCGCCGACGCCGCUGCUUUCGCUACUCCUGCCCCACGCCCUUCCGUGGAGCCAGCUCGCUCGAACUUCAGCAUCCCCCCUCCUCCUAUUCCCAACGGUGGCUUCGACCCUUACGCUGGCACUGGGAGCAUGGCACAUCGCGGUCGCUACAGUUAUGCCAGCAGCGCCAUGAGUACCAUCAACAGCCCCAGAAGAGUCAGGAGGAGGAAAGAUCCUACUCCUUUCAACAUUCUCGUCAUUGGUACCUCCAAUUCCGGCAAGUCAUCGUUUCUCGAGUUCCUCAAGGCCGCACUUGCUCUCCCGGCCAAGAAGCGCUCCAAAAGCACCAUCGAGCACGAAGAGAUCCCCAAGCCACCGCCGUCCGGAAACUUCAUUCCCCAUUACUUGGAGACCGAAAUCGACAAUGAGCGUAUUGGUUUGACCCUGUGGGACUCGGAAGGGCUGGAGAAGAAUGUGGUGGACUUGCAGCUCCGAGAGAUGUCGGGCUUCCUCGAGAGCAAAUUCGAGGAGACGUUUGCCGAGGAGAUGAAGGUUGUGAGAGCCCCUGGUGUACAAGAUACCCACAUUCAUGCCGUCUUCCUGGUCCUCGACCCGGCACGACUCGACCGGAAUGUCGCCGCGGCCAAGGCAGCCGGCGCCAACGGUCACGUCAGCGGCGGCAAGCAUUCUCCCCAUGCACGCAUCUUGGGCAGCCUUGACGAGGACCUCGAUCUCCAGGUGCUCCGAACUCUUCAGGGCAAGACCGCUGUCAUUCCAGUCAUUGCCAAAGCCGACACCAUCACAACCAAGCACAUGAAUGUGCUUAAGAGGUCGGUCUGGGACAGUCUCAAGAAAGCCAAUCUCGAUCCCCUGGAGGCUCUAGGCUUGGAUGCCGAUGACGACGAGUCAACUCCUGAUUCGAGCAAGAUUCUCGAGGAAGACGAGGAUGAAGAAGAGCAUCCAUCAUCGAACAGCGAGGCUGAGGGAAGCACGGACGGCCAAAGCCUACCUAUUCAGGGACAGAGCCCGUCUCCCAACUCCAAGAGGUUAUCCAAUGGCUCCGUCCGCCGAAGCAAGACAGAAGACACCCUAAAGGACGACGAAGUGCCCUUCUUCCCCAUGUCGAUAAUCAGUCCUGACAUCUACGAACCCGAAGUGGUCGGACGCCAGUUCCCAUGGGGCUUUGCCGACCCAUACAAUGAGGAACACUGCGACUUUGUUCGUCUGAAGGAGGCUGUGUUCAGCGAGUGGCGCGGCGAACUUCGCGAGCUCAGCAGGGAACAAUGGUACGAGGGCUGGAGAACCAGUAGGCUCAAACAACGAGAUGGGGCGAAGCUUCGCAGAUAGAGUUGACGUUGACCAGCCCUGGUUUCGG